AUGGCAUUAUUUCAGAACUUCAAUACACAUUCACUACGUUCAACAAGAGGCUUUAAGCUCAAGCAGUCUUCACCUACAUCGAGUCCUCAACUAGCUACGAGCUCCCCACAAAAUAAUCAAAACUAUCUGUCACAACUUAAUCAGUCUAAUAACCCUUAUGAAUACCAAACUAUAAACAAAGCGCCGACUAUCGCAAACAACAACUUCAACAACUUCAACCAACUGCUGCUGCCGCUGCAACAACAACAACAGCAACAGCAACAGCAACAACAACAGCAGCAGCAACAACAACAGGUUUCUACACACCGGGAUAUCAGAAACUAUGCGGAACAAACCUUGGGUUCGGAUAAUGCAUUGAUUCAAGCUGUUAAAUUACCUAAAGAUGAAGAUCUCAAUGAGUGGCUUGCUAUCCACGUUGUUGAUUUUUAUAACCAGAUUAAUAUGCUUUAUGGUGCUAUAACUGAAUUUUGUUCACCUUUGACAUGUCCUAGAAUGAUUGCUACCGAAGAAUAUGAAUAUUUAUGGCAAGAUUCGAACCCGGUGCAGGCUGUAGAUGGGAGUACCCUGCAAAUGCAAAUACUGCCCAAAAGACCUGUCUCUUUGCCUGCGUGUGAAUACAUUGAGAACUUGAUGAAUUGGGUGCAAAAUUUUUUUGAUAAUGAUAAUAUUUUCCCUUCCAAGAUUGGAGCUCCAUUUCCUCAACAAUUUCCAAACUUGGUCAAGACAAUUUUCAAGAGAUUAUUCAGAAUUUAUGCGCAUAUUUAUUGCCAUCAUUUCCAUGAGAUUAGCGAAUUGGGAUUACAGAGCCACUUAAAUACCAGUUUGAAACACUAUGUGUUAUUGGCAAAUGAGUUCAACUUGAUCAGUAGGAGGGACUAUGGACCAUUGGAGGAUUUGGUCGAUACUAUGUUGAACCGUUAG